AUGACUGGUCUUUCUCCCGAGAACUGCUCUUCUCAGUACGAGGUACAUCCAACAAACCAGCCCCUAAAUGUUAGCAGUCUGCUGUUCUUGAUUAUAUUUGGGAAAACAUUAUUAAAUAUCCUCACACUGGGAAUGCGGAAAAAAACCACCUAUCAAAAUUUUUUGGGAUACUUCUGCACUUCACUGGCAUUCACUGAUCUUUUCCUUUUGACAAACAUUUCUGUUAUAUCCUAUUUCAAGGAUUUUGUACUUUUAGGCAUUAGGUUCACUAAGUACCACAUCUGCCUAGUAACUCAAAUUAUUUCCUUUACAUAUGGCUUUUUGCCUUACCCCGUUUUCCUGAUAGCUUGUAUAGAUUGUUACCUGAAUUUCUCUCAAACCACCAAACUUCCAUAUAAAUGUCAACCAUUAUUUUAUUUCUUUACUGUAAUUUUGAUUUGGAUUUCAGUCCUUGCUUAUGUUUUGGGUGAUCCAGCUAUCUACCAAAGCCUGAAUGCACAGACUCUGUAUCCCCAUCAGUGUCCUUUCUAUGUUAGCAGUCAGAGCUUUUGGCUCUCAUCUUCCAUGGUGAUGAUCUUAUUUGUGGUUCUAAUAAUCUUUUGGUCUGAAGUCAUUGCCUUGGUACAGUCUGUAAGGUUAACGACUUUUAUGGAUGAGGCCAUCCUGUAUUUUCCCUUUUCAUCCCACUCUGAUUGUACUAUGAACUAUCAAAAAAUACUCUUGCCUAAGCUCAUUAUCUGUUUUCUCGGUACCUGGUUGCCAUUUGUCCUAUUUCAAAUAAUCAUCCUUUUACUUAAAGUACAGAUUCCAGCUUACAUUGAGAUGAACAUUCCUUGGUUGUAUUUUGUCAAUAGCUUUCUCAUUGCUACGUUUUAUUGGUUAAAUUGUCACAAGCUUAAUUUAAGAGCUUUAACAUUACCUGUGGACCCAUUUGUGAGCUGGAAAUGCUGUUUUGUUCCAGUUACAAUUCAUAAUCUUGAGAAAAUGGAGAAGCCUAUAUCUAUAAUAGUUUGUUAA